GAUCUGUUGAAAGCACUUUUGGCCAUACAGCCCAGUGGGCAGUUCCUCGUGACCCAAGUUAGGGCUGCCAUCUUCAAAGUUGUUGGAUUGGAGCCAAAGAUCAACACAUCAUCCAUGAAGCAUUUGACAUGGGCAGGGGGGCGCUUUGAAAGGAUCGCCGCUAUGAUGUGUGAAUCACAUGCCAUGGAGAAAGUCCAAGAGUUGCUCAGCAUGCUGUCCAUGGACACCUCUGAUGAGCAAUCCCUGGCUGGCAGCAAAGAUGGAAGCAGGGGUGACAAGGAGGAUGGCAGCAAGGGUGCUGGCAGCAAGGAUGAUGACAGCAAGGGUGGUGGCAGCAGGGAAGACCUUGGCAGCAACCAGGAGCAAAACAUGGCUGCAGCAGAGCUUCCAAAGGCCACAAGUCCCAAGGCCAAAAAGCCCAGAGCCAAGGCCAAGGCUGUCAAGACUGAGCCUGGCAAGGCCACCAAGCCAAAGAAUGCCAUCACAGUGUUCAGGAAAGAGUACUACAAGAAUACCAGCACUUAUGGAGUGAGAAAAUACGAGGAUGGAAAGAAGAAGGG